AUGACGACAACUUGCAACAACGUCGCUGAACCUCUUUAUCUGCCAUUUGCGUACAACAAUGUCAGUUCGAACGUGCUUGCUGCAUCGUCACCGGGUGUGGAACUCUUCGUCGGCACUCCAGGGCGAAAGUAUUCGCUAUGGCCGUCAAUGAGUGAUUAUAUGUUGCUCGCGAACUCGGGCCACUGCUCAUCCCCCGACCUCUCGUGUCUGGCCGUCACUGGCGGGACAUAUGAUCCAGACCUGUCAAACACGGAGUCCCUUUCGGUGGCAGCCUCCUGGAAUGGCACUAUUGGCGACAAUGACCCUUCGUUCUACUUAUUUUACAAUGAUGUUCUCAGUUUCGAGGGCAGCGGCCGAGACAACGACACCGUUGUUUAUGGUUUUCCUUUCGUGACUGAUGAUGGUACAGAGUGGGCUUAUUCAGGCGAGCUCGGUCUUGGGCCGAACUCAACUUUCCUUCAGGCUGCUGUCGAUAGUGGCUCCGCCCCGUCGCUGUCAUGGGGUCUUUGGGUUGGACGCCACGCCAUCCCAAACCCGCAAGAUGGGCUUCUAGUAGUCGGUGGCUAUGACAAUGCUCGAGUUGCCAACGACUUCUCUACCUUUCCCAGCCGUACCGAUUGCUCCACAUGCCUACAGAUACAGAAUUUGGCCUGGGUCACUGAGGCUGGGACCAUCCCAUUGAUGAACGAUACUACGAAUAACUUUCAAGUCUUUUUGAAUCCGUUCUCUGAAGUGGUGCAAAUUCCUACGGCCUCAUGGGAAGCUUUCGGCACCGCCACCAAUGGCGUCUACGACGAAGUCUUAGGCAGGUACACCUAUCCUCCGGCUGGCGUCCCGGCGGGAAAUCUCACUUUCACAAUCAAGGAUGGUUACACUACAUCGAUACCUGCAAGCGAGCUGUUUGGGUAUCGGCUUGAGUACGAUGAUAAUGGACAACUCCAGAUCGAGAACGAUACCUACCAGGUUGCCUGGGUCAAUCCUUACACUAACUCAGAUGCCAAUGAAGCCAAGUACCUCUACACAUGGGGUGGGCCUUUCCUCACAAUGAACUACCUUGUGCUGGACAUUGAAGGGCAGCAGUUCCGCCUCUCCGAAGCCAUUCGUCAAGAUUUCGGUAGUGAGGGAGGAGUUUUCCCGGUCAAGCUGUGCGAAGGUACACCCCCUCCGGUCCCCAUCGAUGAUGGAGUCAAUAUCGGUGCCAUUGUGGGAGGCGUUGUAGGAGGAGUUGCUGGCAUUCUCAUCAUACUCUUGGCGGCUUUCUUCUUCUACAGGCGACGGAAGAGAUCGCGCUGCACAAGCAAUCAACGGGCCGCAACCGCGUCCGAACCGACAUCCUAUGACCCUCAAGGUGCGGCUAUGGGCUAUAACCCGGUUCCAAUGACCCAUCCCCACGGCAUGGCAAUGUAUCCAGGACAACCUGGCACCGGAUAUCCAGGCAUGGGUCAAGUGAACCACAUCAAUCCCUAUACACAAGGGCAUGCAAGCUACUAUUCAGAUACGACUACAACAGCUGUUCAGGAAAUGCCCUCACCCGAGAACAAUCCAUCCGAGUGGAAAGGCUCCCAGGUCAGCAGCGAUGUGAAUGCAUCGAAAUCUCUGUCAGCCACCCUCACGUCCCCGAUCGAGGUGCCAGAGAGACGUGACUAGACAGUGGCUGGAAUAUCGCAAGCCCUUGUCUUUCGGCUUGCUUCAAUGUGUUGGAUUACAUGGACGCCACCGCUUCGAUCAAAUUGUAUCGGGGCCCCCACGACACAUCCU